AAAUAAACAAAAAGAAAAAGAAAAAGAAAAAUCAAACCAUUUUAAUCUUUCACUUCCUUCUACUCAUCCCUGCCCCUGUUAAAACUAUCUAAUUCCUCUUUCUAAACAGUCUAAUUCCCUUGGAUCCAUCGGUUGAUGAUUUCAACUGUGUUUUGUUGAUUUUCUCGAAAUGGGUAUUUUUGAUGGAUUGCCUAUUUCCUCUGAGAAAGCUUAUCUGAAAGACGAGAUAUCUUCAAUAGAUGAAAGCUGGGCAGCUGCUCGUUUCGAUUCAUUACCUCACGUGGUACAUAUUUUGACAUCAAAGGACCGUGAAGGAGAAGUACGCUCUUUGAAGGAACAAAGUGAUGUCGUUGAGGAAGUUGUCGAUGAAGUUGUGCAUGCAUAUCAUAGUGGCUUUAACAAAGCAAUUCAGAAUUAUUCCCAAAUCCUGCGACUGUUCAGUGAAUCGGCUGAAGGUAUUGCCAUUUUAAAGGUUGACUUGGCAGAGGCAAAGAAGCGCCUUGGCACCCGUAACAAGCAAUUGCAUCAGUUGUGGUCUAGGUCUGUCACAUUGCGCCAUAUAAUCUCAUUGCUGGAUCAAAUUGAAGGCAUAGCUAAGGUUCCAUCUCGUAUCGAGAAGCUUAUUGCUGAAAAGCAGUUCUAUGCUGCGGUUCAAUUGCAUAUCCAGUCAACAUUGAUGCUUGAGAGAGAGGGCCUUCAAGCGGUUGGUGCUUUGCAAGAUGUUCGUAAUGAAUUAGCAAAGUUGCGUGGAGCUCUAUUUUAUAAGGUUUUGGAGGAAUUGCAUAGCCAUUUGUAUGAUAAGGGUGAAUACAGCUCAGUUACAGCGAGCAUAGAUGAAAGAGAUGAUGACCUGCCUACUACCACAGCACAUGCUUCAUCAAUGAAUAAUUCGCAACCUCUGUCUCGAAGAACUAGAUUGUUUAAAGGCGACAACCAGUUUGGUGCUUCAGGGCUUGGAGAUGGAUUUUAUAGUCGGGGUUCAGCUGAGGGAGGGUCUUCAUUUGAUGGCCAAGAUGAUGACAGUGUCGAUAUACGUGACGGAUCUGAUGGUAAGGUUAAUGGUGGUGAUGGUAAAGUUGCUUCACGUCAAAUUCCAACCUGGCUUGCCUAUUCCACUCCAAACGAGUUCCUUGAAGCAGUGAAAAAAAGUGAUGCUCCUCUUCAUGUGAAGUAUUUACAGACCAUGGUUGAGUGUCUUUGUAUGCUUGGAAAGGUUGCUGCUGCUGGAGCUAUUAUAUGCCAAAGAUUGCGACCCACUAUACAUGAGAUUAUCACAUCAAAGAUUAAAGCUCAUGCAGCUGUUGUUAAUUCUUCUAGACCUGGAAUUGGUGACUCGGCUAAAACUACAAGUCCAGGUUUACAUUGUUUCAAAAAAAAAAUGGAAAGCUUCCAGUUGCAGAAAGAAAAGCGUCCAAAUGGGAUAAUGCAGAAGGCUGGGACACUAUUAGCAGUUAGUCCAGUCUCACCUACAAUGGCCCCACUUGGUGCAGCUCAAGCUGCAGCCAAUGAACUUCUUGAGGCGGUAUUGGAUGAUAUUGUACGAAUACUUGAGAAUCAUGUUAUCGUUGGUGAACUUCUGGAAUCUAAAUCAGGACAACACAGUGACUUGAGCACACCAAAGUCAAUGAACGGAGACAUGAGCUGGAACAAUGAUUCUGAGUCAUCUCAGAACACUGGAGGCUAUAGUGUAGGAUUUUCCUUGACCGUCUUGCAGAGUGAGUGCCAGCAAGUCAUAUGUGAGAUUCUACGAGCAACUCCAGAAGCUGCAUCAGCAGAUGCUGCUGUACAAACAGCUCGACUUGCAAAUAAGGGCCCUUCAAAGGAAAAGAGAGAUGGCUCGGAAGAUGGUCUUACAUUUGCUUUUCGCUUUACAGAAACAACGUCCUCCCUCCCAAACCAAGGAGCCGAUCUUAUUCGUCAAGGGUGGAGGAGGGGGUCAAAUGUGCAGCAAGAGGGCUAUGGUACUACAGGUGUCCUUCCUGAGCAAGGAAUCUAUCUAGCAGCCGCAAUAUACCGUCCUGUGCUUCAGUUUACAGAUAAGGUUGCAUCAUUGCUGCCCCAAAAGUAUUCUCAGCUUGGUAAUGAUGGGUUACUAGCGUUCGUGGAGAAUUUUCUGAAGGAUCAUUUCUUACCCACCAUGUUUGUGGAUUAUCGCAAAAGCGUCCAGCAAGCUAUAUCAAGUCCUGCUGCAUUCAGACCACGAGCACAUGCUGCUACAACUUAUAAUCCACUGAUUGAGAAGGGACGUCCUGUCUUACAAGGCCUGUUGGCUAUUGAUUUCUUAGCAAAGGAGGUGCUUGGCUGGGCUCAAGCCAUGCCUAAGUAUGCUGGCGACCUCGCAAAGUAUGUACAAACUUUUCUUGAGCGGACGUAUGAAAGAUGCCGGACGUCAUAUAUGGAGGCAGUUCUUGAGAAACAGAGCUAUAUGCUCAUCGGAAGGCAUGAUGUCGAGGGUCUCAUGCGAGUUGAUCCAGCAAGUGUCUAUUUACCAAAUUCAGCCGGUCAGUCGCACCUUGAAAAUAGUGGUACAGAUGCUGAGACUGUUGAGGUGGAGAUAGAGAUGAGUGAUUUGUUAUUGAAUUUGAGGCCAAUUAAGCAGGAGAAUUUAAUUCGCGACGAUAACAAACUCAUUCUGCUGGCUUCUCUUAGUGAUUCAUUGGAAUAUGUGGCCGACUCCAUCGAAAGCCUUGGACAAGCAUCCUCAAGGUCAUCAAAUCAAUUAGAAGAGGAGAACCACAAGAAACAAGCUCAUCACCAUAAACGAACUAGCAGUGUACCUACCAGGGAUUUGGCCUCAUAUGCUGAAGAGUACAGGAGACUCGCGAUUGAUUGUCUUAAGGUUUUACGUGUAGAGAUGCAGCUAGAGACAAUCUUUCAUAUGCAGGAAAUGAGUAGUAGAGAAUAUGUGGAGGAUCAAGAUGCGGAAGAGCCGGAUGAUUUCAUUAUUUCCCUUACAGCACAGAUAACACGUAGGGAUGAGGAGAUGGCACCUUUUGUUGCGGAGAAAAAGCGGACUUACAUAUUUGGUGGAAUAUGUGGUGUUGCAGCAAAUGCGUCUAUCAAGGCUUUGGGGGAUAUUAAGUCUAUCAACCUUUUUGGGGUUCAACAGAUAUGCCGGAAUUCCAUCGCAUUAGAACAGGCCAUAGCAGCAAUCCCGUCGAUUGAUAGUGAAGCUGUUCAGCAAAGAUUAGACCGUGUUCGGACUUAUUAUGAACUGCUGAACUUGCCAUUUGAAGCUUUGCUUGCCUUUAUUGCGGAGCAUGAGUACUUGUUUACAGCUGCAGAGUAUUCAAGUCUUCUUAAGGUCAAGGUACCAGGCAGGGAGAUUCCUACUGAUGCUGAGGAUCGGGUAUCUGAGAUUCUGUCCCACUAGUCCCUCCUGAAGCAUUUCAUUGAGCUUACAUACAAUGGGGCAGGGAAGGAAUUGUUUGUCUCUUUCUCGAGGAGUUUUUGAGGAGAUGGAGGUGCAGACAGUUGUAAAGGAUACGAGUCUAAGGUGUUUCAGCACCGUCUGUGAUGUAGUGAUCUAUCAUCAAUAGGGACAAUUAUCUGCCAAUUUGUUCAUCUAUAUAUAUAUAUUUUUUUUUUCUGAUUCGUUCAUGGUUAGGGUUUUGUAUUUGUUGCUUCUUGGCUAUGUGAGGGCUUAUUUUUUGUAAUGUUGAUAGCUGUAGGUCCGAGGUAUACAUAUACAUUCAAAUCAGUCUUUCUUUAUCAAAUUGUUUGCAACAUAUUAUAUGUUUUGAGUUUUCAACCAUGUUGGUUUCCUGUAUUAUGUCAUAAUAAAUGAGAAGAAUUUUUGUUCCACAA